AUGCCACCUAAGAAAGCAGCGGCCGCUGAGAAGAAAACCCUCCUCGGGAGGCCGAGUAAUAAUUUGAAGAUCGGUAUCGUAGGGUUGCCUAACGUGGGCAAAUCGUCGUUCUUCAACACCCUCUCUAAAACAGGCAACAACCCUGAAGAAGCUCGUAUUCCUGUGCCGGAUGCCCGUUUUGAAUGGCUCUGUGACCUCUACAAGCCUGUAUCACGUGUUCCCGCCUUCCUCACAUGCAUCGAUAUCGCUGGUUUAACUGCUGGUGCUUCCACUGGUGCUGGUCUUGGAAACGCGUUCCUGUCACACGUUCGUGCUGUAGACGGUAUCUUCCAAGUUGUCCGCGCUUUUGAUGACGCGGAAGUUAUCCACGUCGAGGGCGAUGUCAAUCCAUUGCGGGAUAUGGAGAUCAUUCAGACGGAGCUUCGAUUGAAAGACAUUGAAUGGGUUGAGAAGUCGCUUGACGGCCUCAAGAAGUCUGGUCGUUCGCUCGGAAACUCAAGCUUGGCUGAUAAAGCAAAGAAAGAGGAGAUUGCGACUGUAGAAAAGAUCUAUAAAGUCUUGACACAAGACCAGAAGGACGUUCGUAAGGCAGAGUGGACCAACAAAGAGAUCGAUGUUGUGAACGGGCUGCAGCUCCUUACUGCGAAGCCGGUGACAUAUCUUGUGAACCUGAGUGAGAGAGACUACAUCCGCAAGAAGAACAAGUGGCUGCCAAAGAUCAAGGCCUGGAUUGACGAGAACAAUCCGGGAGAUCCGUUGAUUCCCUUUUCUGUUGCACUUGAGGAUCGCCUUGCAGCGAUGUCUGAUGAGGAACGGGAGGAAGAGCAGAAGAAUAUCGGUGCUCAGAGUGGUCUCCCCAAGAUUACUCAAGCUGGUUAUUCGAGCCUUGAUCUUAUUCGAUACUUUACUUGUGGCCCUGAUGAGGUCCGAGCAUGGACUAUCCGACGCGGCACCAAGGCGCCACAAGCAGCUGGCGUUAUUCACUCCGAUUUCGAGAAUAAGUUCGUAUGUGGUGAAAUAAUGAGCUAUGACGACUUGCGGGAGCAUGGUAGUGAAACAGCGGUGAAGGCUGCUGGGAAGCUUCGACAGCAGGGCAAGCCAUAUGAGAUGAUCGAUGGAGAUAUCGCCUACUGGAAGGCAGGUGCAUGA